AUGAAGGAGCUGGUCGAUGUCCUGUACUACGACUACAUCCUGUACAAGCUUGCAAGCCUGUAUACACUAGAGAAUGCCGGCAAUGAGGUAGGCCAGUACCAGAAGAUAGCACAGAAGCUCCUGGUGAAGCUUCGCUCGGACAAGGUGGUCUUUGACGCUGAGGUGGGGCUGAAGUUUGCAUACAUAAAGCUGUACGACCUCCACCUGUCCUUUCCAAAGUGCACUGGAAGGCUCCAUGUCUCCUGCUGCCAGAAACACUAUCUACAGUUUCUCGGCACCUCCUACGACUAUCUCACGAAGAUCAUGGCGGAGUACUCUUCUCUGAAGGAAUGCAUUCCAUUCAACCACCUUCUGAAUACCGUGGUGACGAUGGCCUUCAUCAGCUCUCCCACGCUGGAGCACUUCGUCAGCCUAAAUAGAGACGAGGGCUUUGAGCCUAUGAAGCCGUACCUUGCCAGGCAGGGAAUCAAGGUUGACAGCGAAGAGGAUUUUGGAAACGAGAAAGAAAGGCUCCUCAAGACUCUGAAGAUCAAGGCCAAGGACGAGAACAAGCUCUUCAACAAAACAUUCCAGUACGUGAUGGACGAGCUCAAGAAAAUAUUUCUGUCCUUUGAUGUUCCUCUUCUCCAGUUUUUUGGAACCAGCGAGGUAAUCCAACUGAAGGAGCUUUAUCCCAAUGCAUUUGAAGGCCUUGAAGAGCUUCCUGCAUCAUCAACAAGCUACAAGGAGGAGAUCUUGAAGGAAUACCUAGAUGUGAGGAAUUCUCUCAGCAAGACCAGGAGCGCAUUCAUAAAUCCUAAGGAUAAGGGAGAGAAGAUACUGUGGGGGUCUGAUACCAGCCCCUCUGAUCGAUAA